CACAAAAUUCACAACCUUCAUUCUUUCCAUGGGCAAAGCUUGCCUGUACCUUUACUAGUCACACUCGUGUUCAUACUUGUGAGAGUGGUGAGUUGGAGAUUCUUCGUCCCCUACCCUUCGAUUAAAAAUUGUUGUGGUAAUCCAAAAAUAAAUAAAAUAAAUAAUUACAGAAGAAACGGAUUCUCUAAAACCCCCUUUCCUCCCCCAUAAAAAGUCAUCGAUUGGAGACAAAGAUAAUCCAUUGGCGAUCCUGUAACUUUCAGCAAACAAAAGUGGAAGAUGGAGAGCUAUUUGAGUGAGAAUUUUGGGGGAGAAAUGAAGGAAGAGUACUCGCCGUCGUCGGAGGCGCUUCAGAGAUGGAGGAAGGCAUGUAGCAUUGUGAAGAACCCUAGGAGAAGGUUUCGCUUCACCUCCAAUCUUUGCCAGCGCGACGAACAAGCUGCUAUCCGCCGCUCCAGUCAGGAGAAGUUACGGAUUGCUGUUUUGGUUUCAAAAGCUGCAUUGCAAUUUCUUCAAGGUGCGCAGCCAAGUGAGUACACUGUACCUGGGGAAGUUGAAGCUGCAGGCUUUCAGAUUUGUGCUGAUGAAUUGGCAUCCAUUGUCAAAAAGCAUGAUACAAAGAAGCUCCAAUUUCAUGGUGGGGUGGCUGGAAUUGCGAAAAAGCUUUCCACAUCAAUUGAAAAUGGGCUUGCUGAUGAUCAUGAUUUAGGGAAGCACAGACAAGAGAUUUAUGGUAUCAAUAAAUUUUCAGGUAAUGAACCUCAGGGUGUAGGGGUGUUUGUUCGGAAAGCCCUUCAAGACAUGACUUUUAGGAUCCUGGGAUUGUGUGCUUUUGUGUCUUUGCUAGUUGGCAUAGCAACGGAAGGAUGGCCAAGGGGGGCGGAUGAUGGCCUCAGAGCUGUUGCAUGCAUCUUGUUGGUUGUCUUUGGCAGAGCGAUAAAAGGUUAUGGCCAAUCAUUAAGGUCCAAGCAGACAAAGAAUAUUGAUACUAUGGUUACAAGAAAUGGAUACGAGAAGAAAAUUUCAGGAUGUGACUUGGUUCCGGGCGAUAUUGUGCAUCUAUCUAUUGGAGACCUAGUUCCUGCAGAUGGACUAUUUGUUUCUGGGUUCUCUAUGCUAAUCGAUGAAUCCAGUUUAACUGGUAAGAGUGAGCUGGUUAUGGUAAAUCCCCAAAAACCUUUCCUUCUUUCUGGAACUGUUCUUCAUGGAGCAAAACUCCAAUAUGGAUUAUGCAACAAGAUGAUGGUUACUGCAGUUGGAAUGAGGACCCAAUUGGGUAAUAAACUAACGGAAGGUGGAGCUGAUGAAGUUCCCUGGCAGUUGAAGUUGAUUGAAGUGGCAAACAUUAUUGGGAAAAAACGUCUUUUCUGUGCCUCUGUGACUUGUGCGGUUUUGUUGACAGGAUUGUUUGGUCAUAGACUGCGGUCUGAAGAUGCGUUUGAAGUGUCGGAACUCUUUGCUCUUGCAGUUAUGACUUAUAUCUGAAUGAAAUGCAGUUUUCUAACAAGAUAUGGGAAAAAAUGUAGCUAACCUGUUUGUUGCAGCGUGUGGUAGGAGAGAUACCUUUACUCAGCCGUAGGCUAAGAUAAAGUGUAGUAGAAAAAAGAGGAAAGAAAAAUAGGUUAUAUUUUUCUUCUUGAAAGUUGAAAGUGGAAAGUUGAUUGUAUUUAUAUUGUAAGAAAAAUCUCAUUUUUUCUUGUUGAAAGUGGAAAGUUGAUUAUAUUAUUAGAAAAUCUCCAUUGUAACUCUGUUCUUUUAUAUAUAUAUAUAUAUAUGUACGUACAGUGAAGUUUUUAUCCA